AUGGAUCCAUUUAGUGGAAUAACUUCGGGCUUUGCGGUUUGCGGUCAACUGGAAGCAUGCAUUCAAAGCCUUCGUCAAUUAUACAAUACCUUGAAGUUCGCGAAACGGGACGUGCGACAGCUUAUGCAGGAGGUUUAUAUUUGUCAAGGUCUUUUUAGUAUCUUCAACGAUAUCACACGCCCUCUGGGCAGCACAGUGAUGGAGUUGGCUCAGGAGAAAAACCUUGAUGAAGCAUUGCAGACUCAGGCUACUUCGGCUCUCGACCAAAUCAACCACGUUAUGACCAAGUUCAAGCCACUCAUGAAGGGUAGCAGCCCCAGCUCAUUUGAUGAACUUUUAGCAAAGGUUCGGUGGCAUUUUACGAAGCAGGAGAUCCAAGCUUUAAUGAUCACAUUUAGUACGGUGAAGUGCAGUCUAAACUUGCUUUCUUGUCUUUUGACACUGGAAAGCUCUCUCGCGAAAUUUGCACAACAGUCAACAGCGAAUAAAGACCAUGAUUCGCUUCUUAGUCAGAUAACCACAUUAAAAAAGACUGUUCAUCGCCAGAGCAAGUCUUUGAAGAAACUGGCCAAGACAAUGAAUGAUACAUUUCAAGCCGUCCACGAGUCACCGCUGAUAAACAACACGGAGACGAUGAUCGCCAUUAUCAAAAAGAUCCAGAAAGUGCCCGUCGAUGAGGCACGAGCACUUAUCGCUCGGGAAGGGCGAAAAAAUCCUUCACGUGUCAUGACCCCAACACCAACGGCUCGCGAUCCCAUAAGUAGGCAAAGCUCAGGGAACAUAGGACUAGGCAAUACGCGAUCGCGUUCUAGUAGUCGUGUGCCUAGCGUGAUAGCGUCGCCACACAGCCAAGAAACACCAUAUCAGGCGGCUGUAACUGUGUCUCGCGAGCGUCGAAGGACGCGCGAAUAUGGAGAUGGCAGUAGAGAACAUCAUGACGGGGAGUCAUCUUCAUCUUCCAUUCGGAAUGGCAGGCAUAAGCACAUGUUAUUCGUUCCCAACCCACCUUUCACUCAAGCGGAUUUGGACGAAAGGAAUCGGAACAGGAGUGAAUACGGAAAGAAUCUCUAA